GAAUUCCCUGCUGCAAUCUGAUUUCCUGGCAUUCUGUGCCCCUGCAGCCCCUGGAGGCGAUGCACGAGAAGGCGAUGCCGGAGGAUCCGCGCUACGGGCAGAUGAAGGGCAUGGGGAUGCGCCCGGGGGGGCACGCGGGCAUGGGGCCCCCCCCCAGCCCCAUGGACCAGCAUUCCCAAGGUUACCCAUCCCCUCUGGGUGGCUCGGAGCACGCCUCCAGCCCGGUGCCCUCCAACGGCCCCUCCAGCAGCUCCGCCGGCGGCUCCGGCACCGCCCUGGACGGCUCCGGCUCCGACUCGCCCGCGCUGGGCCGGGGCCCGUCGCCCUUCAACGCCGCCCAGCUGCACCAGCUGCGUGCCCAGAUCAUGGCCUACAAGCUGCUGGCACGAGGGCAGCCCCUUCCAGAGCAUCUCCAGGUGGCCGUGCAGGGCAAGCGGCCGCUGCCGGGGAUGCAGCCGCAGAUUCCUGCUCUACCUCCGCCCGCCGGCGCCGCGCAGGGCCCGGGGCUGGGCCCUUUUUUGCCGGAAUUUUGGGAAUUUCCAGGAAUAGGAGGGCCCAACAUGCCCCCUCCUGGACCCUCAGGAGUUCCCCCCGGGAUGCCAGGACAGCCCCCCGGGGGCCCCCCCAAGCCCUGGCCAGAAGGGCCGCUGUCGGCGGCGGCUCCGGGCGGUGCCCCCCAGAAGCUGCUGCCGCCUCCCCCCGCAGGUCGCCCGUCCCCGGUGCCCCCGGCGGUGCCGCCGGCGUCGCCACCAAACCAACCCCGGGGUGGUUUUUUGGGGUUGCAGCUGCGGCAGGAGGUGGUGGUGUGCAUGCGGCGCGACACGGCGCUGGAGACGGCGCUCAACGCCAAGGCCUACAAGCGCAGCAAGCGGCAGUCGCUGCGCGAGGCCCGCAUCACCGAGAAGCUGGAGAAGCAGCAGAAGAUCGAGCAGGAGAGGAAGCGGCGCCAGAAGCACCAGGAAUACCUCAACAGCAUCCUGCAGCACGCCAAGGACUUCAAGGAGUACCACCGGAGCGUCAGCGGAAAGAUCCAGAAGCUCACCAAGGCCGUGGCCACCUACCACGCCAACACCGAGCGCGAGCAGAAGAAGGAGAACGAGCGCAUCGAGAAGGAGCGGAUGCGGCGCCUCAUGGCCGAGGAUGAGGAGGGCUACCGCAAGCUCAUCGACCAGAAGAAGGACAAGCGCCUGGCCUACCUGCUGCAGCAGACCGACGAGUACGUGGCCAACCUGACCGAGCUGGUGCGGCAGCACAAGGCGGCCCAGGUGGCCAAGGAGAAGAAGAAGAAGAAGAAGAAGAAGAAGGCCGAGAGCGCCGAGGGACAGGCUCCGGCCAUCGGCCCCGACGGCGAGCCCCUGGACGAGACCAGCCAGAUGAGCGAUCUCCCGGUGAAGGUGAUCCACGUGGAGAGCGGGAAGAUCCUGACGGGCACCGACGCGCCCAAGGCCGGGCAGCUGGAGGCCUGGCUGGAGAUGAACCCGGGGUACGAGGUGGCUCCGCGCUCCGACAGCGAGGAGAGCGGCUCCGAGGAGGAGGAGGAGGAGGAGGAGGAGGAGCAGCCCCAGCCGGCCCAGCCAGCGCUGCCCGUGGAGGAGAAGAAGAAAAUUCCAGACCCGGACAGCGACGACGUCUCGGAGGUGGACGCCCGACACAUCAUCGAGAACGCCAAGCAGGACGUGGACGACGAGUACGGCGUGUCCCAGGCGCUGGCUCGGGGGCUGCAGUCCUACUACGCCGUGGCGCACGCCGUCACCGAGCGCGUGGACAAGCAGUCGGCCCUGAUGGUCAACGGCGUCCUCAAGCAGUACCAGAUCAAAGGCCUGGAGUGGUUGGUGUCCCUCUACAACAACAACCUCAACGGGAUCCUGGCCGACGAGAUGGGACUGGGGAAGACCAUCCAGACCAUCGCCCUCAUCACGUACCUCAUGGAGCACAAGAGGAUCAACGGCCCCUUCCUCAUCAUCGUCCCGCUCUCGACUUUGUCCAACUGGGCCUACGAGUUCGACAAGUGGGCUCCUUCCGUGGUCAAGGUCUCCUACAAGGGCUCUCCGGCGGCGCGCCGCGCUUUCGUCCCGCAGCUGCGGAGCGGAAAAUUCAACGUUCUCCUCACCACCUACGAGUACAUCAUCAAGGACAAGCACAUCCUGGCCAAGAUCCGCUGGAAGUACAUGAUCGUGGACGAGGGCCACCGCAUGAAGAACCACCACUGCAAGCUGACCCAGGUCCUCAACACCCACUACGUGGCCCCGCGGCGGCUGCUCCUCACCGGGACCCCCCUCCAGAACAAGCUCCCCGAGCUCUGGGCCCUCCUCAACUUCCUGCUGCCCACCAUCUUCAAGAGCUGCAGCACCUUCGAGCAGUGGUUCAACGCGCCCUUCGCCAUGACCGGGGAGAAGGUGGACCUGAACGAGGAGGAGACAAUCCUCAUCAUCCGCCGUCUCCACAAGGUGCUCCGGCCCUUCCUGCUCCGGCGCCUCAAGAAGGAGGUGGAGGCUCAGCUCCCAGAAAAGGUGGAGUACGUCAUCAAGUGCGACAUGUCGGCGCUGCAGCGCGUCCUCUACCGGCACAUGCAGGCCAAGGGCGUCCUCCUCACCGACGGCUCCGAGAAGGACAAGAAGGGGAAGGGCGGCACGAAGACCUUGAUGAACACCAUCAUGCAGCUGCGCAAGAUCUGCAACCACCCCUACAUGUUCCAGCACAUCGAGGAAUCCUUCUCGGAGCACUUGGGCUUCACGGGCGGGAUCGUGCAGGGGCUGGAUUUGUACCGCGCCUCCGGGAAGUUCGAGCUCCUGGACCGGAUCCUGCCCAAACUCCGCGCCACCAACCACAAGGUGCUGCUCUUCUGCCAGAUGACCUCCUUGAUGACCAUCAUGGAGGAUUAUUUUGCUUAUCGUGGCUUCAAAUACCUCAGGCUGGAUGGGACCACCAAGGCCGAGGACCGGGGGAUGUUGUUGAAGACGUUCAACGAGCCCGGCUCCGAGUAUUUCAUCUUCCUGCUGAGCACGCGCGCCGGCGGCUUGGGCCUCAACCUGCAGUCGGCCGACACCGUCAUCAUCUUCGACAGCGACUGGAACCCGCACCAGGACCUGCAGGCCCAGGACCGCGCUCACCGCAUCGGGCAGCAGAACGAGGUCCGCGUGCUCCGCCUCUGCACCGUCAACAGCGUGGAGGAAAAAAUCCUGGCAGCAGCCAAAUACAAACUCAACGUGGACCAAAAAGUGAUCCAGGCAGGGAUGUUCGACCAGAAAUCCUCCAGCCACGAGCGCCGUGCUUUCCUCCAGGCCAUCCUCGAGCACGAGGAGCAGGAUGAGGAGGAGGACGAGGUGCCCGACGACGAGACGGUGAAUCAGAUGAUCGCCCGGCACGAGGAGGAGUUCGACCUCUUCAUGCGCAUGGACCUGGACCGGCGGCGCGAGGAGGCGCGGAACCCCAAGCGGAAGCCGCGGCUGAUGGAGGAGGACGAGCUGCCCUCGUGGAUCCUCAAGGACGACGCCGAGGUGGAGCGGCUCACCUGCGAGGAGGAGGAGGAGAAGAUGUUCGGCCGCGGCUCGCGGCACCGCAAGGAGGUCGACUACAGCGACUCGCUCACCGAGAAGCAGUGGCUCAAGGCCAUCGAGGAGGGCACCCUGGAGGAGAUCGAGGAGGAGGUCCGGCAAAAGAAAUCCUCGCGGAAGCGGAAGCGCGAGCCCGAGGGACCCCCGGGACCCCCGGCGGGCGCCCGCAGCCGCGACAAGGACGAGGAGAGGAGCAAGCAGAAGAAACGGGGGCGGCCCCCGGCCGAGAAGCUGUCCCCAAACCCACCGCCCCUGACCCGCAAGAUGCGCAAGAUCGUCGACGCCGUCAUCAAGUACAAGGACAGCAGCAGCGGGCGGCAGCUGAGCGAGGUCUUCAUCCAGCUCCCGUCCCGCAAGGAGCUCCCGGAGUACUACGAGCUCAUCCGCAAGCCCGUGGACUUCAAGAAGAUCAAGGAGCGGAUCCGGAACCACAAGUACCGGAGCCUGAACGACCUGGAGAAGGACGUGAUGCUGCUGUGCCAGAACGCGCAGACCUUCAACCUCGAGGGCUCCCUGAUCUACGAGGACUCCAUCGUGCUGCAGUCGGUGUUCACCAGCGUGCGGCAGAAGGUGGAGAAGGAGGAGGAGAGCGACGGCGAGGAGAGCGAGGAGGAGGAGGAGGGAGAGGAGGAAGGAUCCGAGUCCGAGGCCCGCUCGGUGAAGGUGAAGAUCCGCCUGGGCCGCAAGGAGAAGGUUCCGGAACGCGGGAAGGGGCGGCGCCGGGGGGGGCGCGGGGGGCGCCCCAAGCCCCUCCUGAGCGACGACGAGAGCGAGGACGAGCAGGAGGAGGUGAGGGGGCGGGGGAGCCCGGGGACCCCCCAGAUCCCGUCCUGA